UGUUUCAUCCACUUUGUCAUACAUAAUGAGUAAGCGAGUCUUCUUAAAUUAUAAUAAACUCAAAAUUAUAGAAACAUAAAGGCGAGAAUCAAACAAAAUUUUAAGCUAAAAUUUUAGCUACAUGACCAAGAAGACCAAAUCUCUAACGACAUGGCAUGCUCCUCAGAGUGUGUUCUGUUCUCAGCAUUCCUCCCUCCAACGUAUAUGGCCUUCUUGCUUCUGUUAUCGUCGACCUCCUCUACUUGCUCCCUUCUCCUUUUCUUUUUGUUCCCCUCAAAGCUUGUCUCUUCUCCUCCCUGCAGAUUGUUUCAAAAUACGUACAUCAGAUAGAAUCAACAUGGAACUUCCAGUGGAUGAAGAUAUUACAAGAGAUUUCAUCAUUCUUAUAGGUAACUACCUUGCUUUUAUGAUUUCCGUUCUGCGGGGGACUUCCUUUCUGAAUGGGAACUUCCUCUCGCGGCGCUUAUCAGCUGCUGGUUUGGGUGCUCCAUUCCCAUUUUGGUGUUCUCGUUUUAUCCGACCUGGGUUGUUUUUCUUAUUACUGUCCUCCUUGGAAGGCCGCACACUUCCCUCCACAGCGUCUUCCACACUGGAGAGUGGAGCUUCCUCUACAGAUUCUACGUCUUUCUCACUGGACAGCGGAGCUUGCUCUGUAGACUGCACAGCUUCAGCAGCUGCGGCAGUAGGAAAAGGGUUUCUUCGGUUGAGAAGCGAAAGAGGCACUCUCCACUCCAGUCCACGGCGCCAUUCCCAUUUUCCUCUCCGAGCUCCAAAUUCUAGUCUAACCUCUCGGAUCAAUACAGCAAACUGCUGAUUAGGUACUUAAAGGGCUAAAGCAUCUAAGGGCUGUCUCUACUCUUUUGCACGAUUUUGCAGCCGGCGAUGGAGUCCAAUUCUUCCAGGAGAACGAGCAGAGAGUCCCGAGUAAUGGAUAAGGAGCCGCAGAAUAUAAUUGUCAAAGUCCUGGGCAUGGAUGGGAGCAGCAUCCUGUUCAGAAUUAAUCAAGCUACCCCAUUGCGGAGGCUGAUGCUAUCGUACUGUGACUGGAAAGAGCUGGUAGUUGACGAUGUUUAUUUUUUGCAUAAUGGCCGCCGUUUGCUUCGUGAUGAUACGGCUCAGAAGCUAAAUAUGACGGAUGGAGAUGUUAUCCAUGAGUUCGUUCACCAGACAGGAUCUUAGCUAUAGCUGGGCUGGUAUGGAUAAAGAUUGUGAUACAUUAUUCUUGCCCUACGUGCCUCUGCAGCCAUCGUUUCUGCUCCUUUCUCUCUUGCCUUGUGUGAAUAAGAGACUACUUGUGGUAUGGAUUUACGUUGUUCAUUGUUCUAUCUAUCUAUCUAUGUGUAGAGCGUAUUUUCUUUUGGUAUCAGUGAAUCGGGAAGACAUUUCAUCUGUGUACAACCCUCCUCUUUCCUUAAAACCUUAACUGGGUUGGUCUAGUCAUUUGCUCCCAUCAUUGGCCGGGUAAUUUUGUAUUGUUAUUUAUUUAAUUGGAGAGAACUUAAGCUAAGCGUU